AAAUCUACUUUGCCUUAGAAUUCUAUAAUAAACUUUGACAAAUUCGACUAAAAGUCGAUUUAGUCUAGUAAAAAUCUUAAAACCCUUUUAUAUUUUCACUAAAUUUAACUUUUCAAUCUUUAACUUUUGUUUGCUCAUUUAAUAACAAUAGCAUGUACUAUUUCCCAGUUUUUUGUUUACUCUCUUAACGUAAUAUAUAAUUCAAACCAUUAUAUUAACUAGCAUUAUUCAUAGCUAAUUAAACUUUCGGUUAUGUAUUUUUUUACUUUUUUUCCUCCUUUAUUAACGCGAUGCUUGAUAUUUUGAUAAAUACUUUUAUACAGGGCCGUUCCAAGCUGGCUCGGGGAUCUGGUACAAGUUUAAGUUGUAAAGUUCAAAAAUCUGAAUAUCAUCUAUACACCACAUUACAACUAAUUAAUCAAACAGAAAGUUUUCAAAUGUUAUCAAACUUUAAAAAGAUUUUUCAUUUAAAACUGUUAUUAUUUAUUGCAUCAUCAUUGGAGUAUGAGGCAUGCACUAAACAACGUAUAGAAUUAAGUGACGUAGAAAAUGCGUCUGUUGUAAUAGGUGGCUUGUUUCCAGUUCACGUUUUUGAUCAAAAGUACAAAACAUACGUAUUAAAUAAACCAGGACUUUUAUGGGUCGAGGCGAUGUUAUUUGCAAUUGAAGAAAUCAACAAAAGUAGCUUAUUACAUAAAAAAAUUGGUUAUCGUAUUCAAGAUAGCUGUAAUAACAUCGAAAUCGCAAUGAGGUCUACACUAGAAAUUACUCAAGGUUAUGUACAUAAUGAUACAGUAAAUAAGAAUGGUAAAUGUUUAUGCGAAUCAUUUAUGAAAGGAGCUAUAGCUUUAGUAGGUGAUGCAGCAUCUGAAACUUCAGCUUAUGUCGCCGCUAUUUUAUCAUCUUCAAAAAUUACUCAAAUAAGCUAUUCAGCAACAUCAACUAAUUUUAACACAGAGAUGUAUCCUUCAUUUUUACGAACUAUCCUACCUGAUAAUUUUCAGGCCGAAGCGAUUGCCGAUUUAAUUGUCUACAAUAACUGGACAUACGUCAGUGUUAUAGCUUGUGAUGACGACUACGGACGAGUUGGAUUUAGCGAGUCAUUACAAAAAUUACAAAAAAGAGGAGUUUGUACUGCCGUUAUAAAAGUUUUGGAUAUAAAAGGUGGAAAUGACGCAAGUGAAAUGGAAGCCGUUAUAAAAAAAUUACUUUUGGAAAAAAAAUCGAAUGUCAUUGUUCUUUGGUGUCAGAGACCUGAAGCUAUUCGCUUCUUAAAAACUGCCGAAAAGCUUUAUUUGUACAAUAAAACAUGGAUUGCAACAGAAUCCUAUGGCUUUAGUAACGAGUUGUUUUCUAUUAACCCAAAUGUUGUCAGAGGAAUGCUUGGAAUAAUCCCGUUUCAAUUUAAAUACGAGUUAUUUGAAUCUAGACUAAAAUCUAUGAAUCCUAGUAUAGUAUACAAAAAUCCAUGGAUUCAAGAAUACUGGAAGGAAAUAAACUGUGACAACAGUAGCACGAUCAACUGCCUUAACCGCAGUCUAAACGAAUUACCAAAAAGUAAAUACUUUGAAGUCAUUAAUGCUGUUCAGUCUAUUGCUAGAGGAUUAUAUUUUUAUAUAGAGUCUGAAAAUCCAUCAGCUUUUAAGCCUCAAAGACUUUUAUCAUAUGUAAAAAAUGUAAGUUUUAUGGGUAUCAACAAUAUUUUAAUAUCUUAUGAUGAACAAGGAAAUCCAAAGAAUGCCGGUUAUUCUAUCACUAAUUUAAAACAAAAUGAAAACAAAAAUCUAUUCUGGGAUGUUAUUGCCGCUUGGAAUUAUUCAUCAAGAGAAAUAAAAUUAAUCUCUGAUAAGAAAAUAAUAUAUUCAAGGUUUUCAGCAAAUUCUCCUCGCUCAUCGUGCAAAGAAAAUUGUAAACCAGGGUAUUAUGCCCUCAAGUUUGAAAGUUUAUGUUGUUGGGAAUGUGUACGAUGUCCAAAUGACAGUGUACAGCCAAAUUACGGUCAAGACUAUUGUAUUAGGUGUGGCGGUAACGAAAUGCCGAAUAAAGGCAAUAUAAAGUGUAUUAUGCCUAAGAAAGUUUACAUUAUGGCAAAUAGCAAACACGGUAUUUUAUUAAUUUUAUUUUCUUCCGUCGGAUUGCUUUUAGUUAUUUUUAUAAUUGGUACUUUUUACAAAUAUAAAGAAACUCCAAUUGUAAAAGCUUCAAACAUAAAUUUAUCUUUGAUGCAACUUAUAAGUGUUCUUUUUAUACUUAUGCUGCCAUCUUUUUGUAUUCAUAGAGAUACUACUAUUUACAUAUGUGGUGGUCAAUUGAUAUAUUUUGCGUGUUUUAAUUCAAUGGCAGUCUCAGUCACUUUUGUUAAGGCUGACUGUCUAUUGAAAAUAUUUAAAAAUAGUAAAAAGGGCCGUUCAGCGGGUCAUUUAACAGGCCAACCAACGCCAAUAGAAUAUUCGCAUUGUUGUUUUAUCAUAAAGGAAUUUACACCAGUUGCAGUUUUAAGUUUGUCUAUUAUAGUACUGUGUUUUGUUUUUCUUUUUUCAUUUCCAAUUGAAGUUAGCAGCUAUAUUACUAUGCAAAAAGAUGCUACUAUAGAGAUAGCCUAUUACUGUCACGGUUACUAUAAUUUUAUUUUAUUUUCAACAAUAGCCUAUGUUUCACUUAUAGCAUUUAUCUGUGGAGUGUAUGCAUUUAAAGCACGAAAUUUGCCAGAAACGCACAACGAAUCGCAGUUAACAUGUUUAGCAAUGUUUCUAUAUUUUCUAUCAUGGUUGAUAUUUGUUCCUACCUAUUUUAGUACAAGUGAUCAACAACAAAAACUAGUAGUUUGGUGUUUUAUGUCUAAUACAUCUACAAUAUGUUUUUUUUUUGUUAUGUAUGUACCAAAAUUGUACAUUAUUCUAUUUCGACCAGAAGAAAAUACAGCAGCUCUUUUCAGAGCAAAAAUUACAGAAUUUGUUUUCACAAAUUCAACAGUUGAGUUAAAAACCUAUAAAAUUUAAAAACAAGUAACAUCAACAUACGUUAAACAUUGUAUUUGUGCCCAAAAACGAGUCAAAAAUAAUUUGAAAUUUAAAGUUAUUUUAUUUUUGAAUAUUUUUAAAUAAUAAAUUUGUUUUAAGUGUAAAAUUUCAUGAA